AUGCAGACACCCGCAACCGCACCCAUCCUCCCUCCGCGCACAGAGGAGGUCCUAACACCGCUCCUCGCCUCCCUCCCCGCAGCGAGCAUCUCGCCCUCGCCGCCCACCGCGCUUCUCCCCAAGCUCUCUCCUAUCCUCCGCCAACGAGUCCAGAUCCUUUCCUCGACCGGUCAAGAGCCAUGGCUCCCCCUCCUCUGCUACGACGCCGCCAACGCCCCGAAGCUCGAGCAAGUCGUCAAGAACGAAGCCUUUGAACCACACCCCGUCUCCGGCGAGGUGGAGCUCGACUGGGACAAUGUGCAGGCCCGGUACAAGCGGGUGGAUGAGGAGACGCUGCAAUGUACCAUCUCCCUCUUCGAAAUCCAGCUCAGCGUGAGGCUUAUCUGGUGCGUGAACGACGAGAUGGGUGGGGGCGACGGCUGGAGGAUCGGAGAGGUCAAUGUGCUGGAUACGGAUACGGCUACGGCUUCAGAGGAGAUUUGGGGACAAAGCAGCAUUCCAGAUGCGGAAAGGGCAUUUGAGACGUCCAAGGCACAGGGGAAUCCGAAUAGCUUCAAGAGGACGAAUGGGACCAAUAGUGUCUUGACGCCUGAGGCGGAGAAAGAGGAGGAAGACGAUGACGAUGAUUAUUGGGCGCAGUAUGAUAACACGCCUGCGAGGACGCCGGGACCGCAACGACGCUCGCCUGCCCCGCAAAACAUGUCUAUGGAUGUCGACGGAGUGGCGAAGACGCACAGCGCGGAGGACGAAGCGUCGUACUAUGCGCAGUAUUCUAGCGUGCAGCCUGCGAUGGACAACCACGACCCAGACGAGGCGCAACAGAACGGGGAUAUCGAGUCCUCGCUGGGCAAAGACGAAGUUACGCAUGAGCUUCAGCAGCAUCUGACUCCACAGCCACAUUUACACUCUGAACUGCACUCUACUGCUGCAGCGUGGUCGGAGGACAAUCUUACGGUGUAUCAGGAUGCGCAGAGAGCAGAGGGAUUGGCGCAGCCGCGGCCGGGGAGCAGCGCGGGGAGUAGUGGCAGCGAUACGGUUGCGAGGCUGGAGCAGAGGGCUGCGGCGAGUGCGGUCAGGGAGCAGAGCGAGGUGGGCAUCAAGCAGCAUAUUGGCACCAGCGUCAAGAGUCUGUAUCGGCUGGCCAAAGUAGCCGGGAUCGAUCGCCGGGAGUUCGAGCGGGUAAUCAGGACGGAGUUGGACUGCUUGGGGUUGAUGGACGAGGGUGAUGACUAG